AGUGGGUGAAUGAUAUCGCUAAAUGUUGAAAAUUAAAGCCCAAGUCCGAAACCAAAAGUUCGAACCCAUUUGGUCCAUCACUCCAUCUUCCACCAUUGACGCACCAGAAAGCAAAACUCCCAAUACCAGCGAGAGCAAAAAAAAGAUAAGAGAGAGAAAGAGGCUGCAAUAAUGGGAGUCAUGCAGAGGUUGCGGAUGUUUGUCGCUGAAGAACCAGUCGUCGCUGCUUCUUGCAUCAUCGGUGGCAUUGGGCUUUUCCUUCCAGCAGUGGUGAGGCCUAUGUUGGAUUCUAUGGAAUCAGCUAAGCAAGUACCUCCACCUCCUUUAAGUGAUGUUGUUUCUGGUGUUACUGGUAAUAAAGCUUGAAGUGGAUCAUGGAUGUGAGUCCUGUUUUUUCUUAUAUGUUUCCUUAUGUUCUGUUAAUGUGAGACAUUCUCUUUUAGGAAAUAAGCCAUUUUUUGUAUGAGCUAGAAAUAUCGAAGUUCAUGGUUUUCCAUUGUGAUUAUAAUGAAAAUGCACAUUGUAAUGAAAAUGAAUGUGAAACUUGCUUCACUCCUUUUUCUAUAGCAGAUUUCAAAUUCUCUAUUCAA